AGGAGCGUUCAGUCACCGAGGGAUCUGCGGGCGGCGAGCAGCUGGCCGGCCUGACCGAGACGCAAGGGGCCCGGGUGGGCGGACGGACCGAGCGAGCAGACAGACACCCAGCGGCCGCCGGCUCGGCGCAGGUCCCGGCUAGGCUUGCACCCAGAGGCCGGCGGCAGACGCAGCCCGGCCGAAUCCCCUGAGCUCCGCCCGGCCCGGCUCGCGUGCCAGCGCCCCGCAGUCGCCGCCUCCGCCCGGUCCGGGACCAUGAAGCUGCUGCGGUCAGUGGUGCUGAAGCUCUUUCUGGCUGCAGUGCUCUCGGCGUCGGUGACUGGCGAGAGCUUGGGGCGUCUUCGGAGAGGGCUGGCGGCCGGAACUGGCAACCCGGACUCUCCCACCGAAUCCACGGACCGGCUGCUGCCCCCGGAAGGCGGCCGGGCCAGGGAAGUCCUGGACUUAGAAGAGACGGACCUGGACCUUUUAAGAGCAGCUGCUUUCUCCUCCAAGCCACAGGCUCUGGCCACACCCAGUAAGGAGGAACGUGGGAAAAAAAAGAAGAAAGGCAAAGGCUUAGGGAGGAAGAGAGACCCGUGUCUUCGGAAAUACAAGGACUUCUGCAUCCAUGGAGAAUGCAAAUAUGUGAAGGAGCUCCGGGCUCCAUCCUGCAUCUGCCACCCCGGUUACCAUGGAGAGAGGUGCCAUGGGCUGAGCCUUCCAGUAGAAAAUCGCUUAUAUACUUACGACCAUACAACCAUCUUGGCUGUGGUGGCUGUGGUGCUGUCAUCUGUCUGUCUGCUUGUCAUCGUGGGGCUUCUCAUGUUUAGGUACCAUAGGAGAGGAGGUUAUGAUGUGGAAAGUGAAGAGAAAGUGAAGUUAGGCAUGACUACUUCCCACUGAGAGAGACCUGUACUCAAGGUGAUCUUCCUACUUCAUAAGACUGGACCUGGGAAACUCUUAAGACCGAAUCCAGCUUUGUUUAUUUAUUUGAGAGAAAGAGAGAGUAUGAGUGGGGUGAGAGGCAGAGGGAGAAACAGAUUCCCCACUGAGCAGGGAGCCUGAUUUGAGGCUCGAUCCUGGAAGUCCAAGAUCAUGACCUGAGCCGAAGGCAGAUGCUUAACUGACUGAGCCACCCAGCUGCCACUGGAUCCAGCUUUAAAUGCCUUCCUCUUGUGCUUUAGGAAUCUGCAGGGGGACUGCUACCUCCGAGAAGAUACAGCUGAUCAUAGACUCUGCAGAGGGAAAGGACGUCACAGCUAGUCAGGAAGAUUCCUUCUUUCCCAGUUGCUAUCUAGAUUGGCCCUUCAUAAUUGCUUUGCCAAAAUACCAGAGCCUUCAAGUGCCAAACAGAAUAUGUCAAAAUGGAAUCUUGGUCAGAAGAAAGCGAAAGUGAGAGACCUUCAUGCCCUUCUGAUUUCCUUCCACCAAACCCCACCUACCCCCAUAAGUUUGUUUAAAUAAUUAACUUCUGGAUUAAGAUGCCAGUUAAAUUCCAUAUGCUCCAGGAUCUUUGGCAGAUAAAAAAAGAAGAAGGAGAAGAAGAAUUAAAGAUUUGUGGAUUGAAAGAAAGUAACAAAGAUUGAGAAGCCAUAUACUCAAGUAGCCACCAAGGGAUCUGCUGUUUGGAUCCUCAAGCGCUGGAUUUGAUGAGCUAACUGUGAAAUACCACAAGCCUGAGAACUGAAUUUUGGGACUUCUACCCAGAUGGAAAAAUAACAACUAUUUUUUGUUUGUUUGUUUGUUUGUAAAAUGCCUCUUAAAUUAUAUAUUUAUUUUAUUCUAUGUAUGUUAAUUUAUUUAGUUUUUAACAAUCUAACAAUAAUAUUUCAAGUGCCUAGUCUGUUACUUUGGCAGUGUCCUGGCCCUCCACCUGGCAUGCCCACCAUCUGGCUCAGCAUUGUUCUCCUCUGCCAUAACUUUGAGAUGGUUCUGUGACCCAUCUGUAGUCAUUUGUUAUCUAUACACAUUUCUGAAGAUCUUCCACAGUCAUGGUGCCACAGGGGGUGGUCAGUACGGUCAGGAUAUAGGAGUUAACUUUGUCAGAUCCACUCUAUGAGCUGGACUGCAGUCUUGCCUAGGCGAUUUUGUCUACCGUUUAUGUUUCAAAAGCCCAAGGUGCUGAUGUCAAAGUGUAACAGAUAUUGGUGUUUCCUUGUGUCCUCUCCCUGCCAAAUCUCCUAAGAGGUUGGACUUCCAUGCCUGCAGCUUUCCUAGCUCCUCCACCCCUAUGGCCCCAGGCCCACAGAGUGGGAACUCCUUUUUUCUCAUGUCAAGACAUUUUUUCUUACUCCUGCCAUUCUUCUGGUGCUACUCCAUGCAGGGGUCAGUGCAGCAGAGGAGGAUCUAGAGAAGGUAUCAGCAAAGAAGAAGGCUGAGGAGGAGCAGGAAACAUUGGAGCUGCCUGUUCUUGUUAAUUGAUAACCUACCGAUUACUACACAGUUUGGGGUCGGGGGGCUUCUGUGUAAACCCAUCCACCUCACUUAAACUAAAAAGGUAUGCUGUCAUGGUCCCUUCUGGAAGUUGCUGGUGCCAUUUCUGAACUGUUACAACCUGUAUUUCCAAACCUGGUUCAUAUUUAUAUUUUGCAAUUCAAAUAAAGAUAACCCAUACUCCAUA